UGUGAACCAAGCUUUGUACUUUUUACACAAGGCUCGAACUAGUCUUUCUUUAUCCGAAGUACGGCUCAAUCUGAGGGAAAGUCAGUACAUACUCAGGGAAAACCGACAUAAAUGUUGAUUACUCUUGUGUGAUCUUCAGUCUCGUAAGUGAAAUGGUACGGCUGCUUCAUCGUGCUCGAAUGUUGCAUAAAACGCUCUCCUUACAUUUUGUGCCUCGUAUCUUGACUUCGGUAUCUCUUCAGCCUGCCUCACCUACUCUUGUUCAGGGCCAUCAGCAGCGGCAUGUCUUUGGAGCAUUUCGUCGAACGCCUUGCAAUCAACGUUCUCGUGUUCCUCAAAAUGGCAACUUUUGUACCCAACAAAAUUUACAGGAUUACGAAAUCAUCAACUUUGAAGAUUACGUAAAGAGAUUAACCGAAAAUUUCCAAGUUGAUGUUGGUGGAGUCACUGGGGUGCUCGAACAGGCCAAGGGUUGUGCUUCCGGAGAUGAAGCCAUUGCAUUACUUGACCAGUGUGCUGUAAAACCAAGCCAAGAUUUGAUCUUUUUGGCGAUUUGGGAUAUGAGAGACCGGUGGCAGUUGGCUUAUUUAUUAUUCAAGUGGGGUGAGAAAUGGGACUGCGUUCCUGAAAAAACGCGGUGCUUGGUGAUAUGGGUUCUUGGCAACCAUAAAAAGUUCAGUACCGCAUGGACUUUGAUCACUGACCUUGCACGCAAGUCUAUUGACGUCCAAGAGGCCGUCCUCAUUAUGAUCGAUAGGUAUGCUGCAGCAAAUUUUCCAGACAAGGCUAUACGGGCAUUUCAGAUAAUGGAAAAUUUUUGUUUGUCCUCUCAUCAGAGAGUGUUCUUUUCAUUCUUGAAUAUUCUUUGUAAACAUGGAUUUAUUGAAGAGGCUGAAGAAUUUAUGCUUGUCAAUAAGAAGCUGUUCCCAUUAGGAAUCGAAGGCUUCAACAUCAUUCUGAAUGGAUGGUGUAACCUUGUGGUUGACAUAUUUGAAGCGAAGAGGGUAUGGCGAGAACUGUCUAAACAAUGUAUCGUGCCUAAUGAAGCUUCUUACACAUACAUGAUUUCCUGUUUCUCUAAAGUAGGAAAUCUAUUUGAUUCUCUGAGAUUUUACGAUGAAAUGAAAAAACGAGGCUGGGUUCCUGGGAAUUCAGUCUACAAUUCUUUGGUAUAUAUACUAACCCGUGAGAAUUGCCUAAAAGAAGCUUUGAAAAUUGUAGACAAGAUGAAAAACAUGGGUUUGCUUCCUGAUUCUGUCACGUACAACUCAAUCAUAUCUCCUCUAUGUGAAGCGUCCAAGUUGGAAGAAGCAAGAAAGGUAUUGGCUAUGAUGAUAGAGGAUUCUAUAAGUCCAACAUUUGUCACUUAUCAUGCAUUUCUUGGAGCUUCGAGCAUCGAACAAACUUUUGAGCUUCUAAAUGAUAUGAGAAAAUAUGGGCUUGGUCCAAACAAGGAUACAUUUCUGUUAGUACUUGAUAGGUUUUUCAAGCUGAAGGAGCCUGAAAAUGCAUUGAAGAUAUGGGCUGAGAUGAAAUCGUAUAAGGUAAUUCCUGAUUCUGCUCAUUACACUUUAAUGGUUGAAAGGCUCCUGGAGUGUGGAAUGUCAUAUAGGGCUAAAGAGUUAUACUCCGAAAUGAACCCUGAAGAUGAAAACCUGAAGCUUCAGAAGCUUAUAAAGAUGAAGGGACAUAGUAAGAGAAGUAAGAGAAAACAGACAAACCAGAGUUUGACGGCUUCUUCAAUAUCCUGAAGCCACGGGGUUUUAUAUUCAGAGAAAUACUAAGGCCAUUCUUCUGUGAACCAACACUUAGCAUUCUUAUAGGAACUAUGGAGCUGUGCAAAAAAAAACAGCCUUCAGGUACACGAAGAUGCAGCACAAUGUGUUUGAAGUGAACCAGAGUGGGUACGACAACUGCACCACCGAAGGCGCGGUGGGGAACUGGAGCAGUGGAAAAGACUUCAUUCUACUUGAUAAGGCCAAGAGGUAUUACUUCAUUUGUGGGCUUGGUCAGUGCUUUAAUGGCAUGAAAGUUUCGGUUCUUGUCCAUCCCCUUGCCCCUCCGCCUGCUACAUCCGCCGUCCCUGCUAACCACUCCAGCACCAACUCCGCCGCCUCCCCACUGGCCCAUUCUGUUUCGGCGGUGGUUCUGCUUUGGGUUGGGCUGUAUUUCAUGGUGCCCAGCCUAGUUUGAGUAUGUAAUGAUUCAAAGUUUUUGACGUUCCACUAUUUUUCCAAAUUUAUAUGUAACGGAGGGAGCGUAAUUUUUAGCUAUUUACCAUAUACCGGACGCAUUACAGACUUUGCAGUUUCUAACAUUGUAGAACUAACAAUGAAUUGUAUGUUCUUAUCUUGGGGAAUGAGAAUUUGGGUGAUUGACUAAGGUUAUGACGUUAUGUAGAUGCAUAUUGGGAAACAUUUUUAUGUACUUGUACUUUUUGGCAUGUAUUUAUCGGGUCACUUA